AUGAUGAGAAAGUUUGAAAUGACAGAUCUUGGAAUGAUGGAGUAUUUUCUUGGCAUUCAAGUAAUGCAAGAAAAUGGAAAUAUCUUCAUCUCUCAAGAGAAAAAAAUUCGACCUAAGCAUUUAUCGGAGCCUUGUCGAAUCUUCAUCUACCUAACACACACAAGGCCGGAUAUCUUACAUGUUGUAAGUUUGAUUUCCAGAUUUAUGAGCAAUCCAAGCAAGUCACAAUUUGCGGCUGCAAAAAGGAUUCUCCAUUACAUUCAAGGGACAAAACAUCUUGGCAUCAAAUAUUCGAUGGAUGAGAAUAAUGAGUUGCUUGGAUUCAGGGAUAGUGAUUGGCUGGAAGCCAAGAUGACAGGAAGAGGACAUUGGGAUACAUUUUUUGCUUGGGAUCAAAAGCAAUUUCGUGGAGUACGAAGAAGCAAAAUUCAGUUGAUAUGUCAUCCGCAGAGGCGGAGUACAUUGCUGCGAAUGAAGCGGUUCGAGAAGCAGUUUGGCUCAGAAGAAUUUUAA